AGAGAUAGAGAGAGAGAGGGAGAGAGAGUUUGAGAAGCGGACGCAAUCGAUUGAGACUUGAGAGCGAAUUCCGCCUUCGAUUCAGAGUCCUUCAGGAGAAAAGGUUGAAAUCUCGCUUGAAGAUCAAACAUCCUCUCUGAAAAAUCGAUUGGAGCUCUCUCUAGUCUAUAAUCAGGAGCGAUGAUUAAGCUUUUUAAAGUGAAGGAAAAGCAGAGGGAAGAUGCUGUGAAUGCCAAUGGAAGGCCACCCGUGAAGAAGCAAUCUGCGGGGGAAUUGCGUCUGCAUAAAGAUAUCACUGAGCUUAACCUACCAAAAACAACUAUCAUCUCAUUCCCCAAUGGCAAGGAUGACCUGAUGAACUUUGAGGUCACCAUUCGACCCGAUGAAGGAUUUUAUCUAGGUGGAGCAUUUAUAUUUACUUUUUCCGUCUCCCCCGUUUACCCUCAUGAGGCACCAAAGGUCAAGUGCAAGACUAAGGUCUACCAUCCUAACAUUGACUUGGAAGGAAAUGUCUGCCUGAACAUCCUACGUGAAGAUUGGAAACCUGUCCUCAAUAUCAACACUAUCAUUUAUGGAUUGCAUCAUCUUUUCACGCAACCCAAUCAUGAGGAUCCCCUCAAUCAUGACGCAGCGGGAGUGCUGAGGGAUAACCCAAAGAUGUUUGAAUCCAAUGUUAGAAGGGCGAUGUCUGGUGGCUAUGUGGGCCAGACUUUCUUCCCUAGGUGCAUGUAGCCUUUCCUGGUAAAGCAAGUGACAUUAUGGUAAUAUUUUCAUUCUCAAGGGUCUGAAGGGGUUGUAAAUUUGGUUGGAAGGGUGUCUUUUCUGUGGCCCUAAUGGCUUUCUUCAAGGAAAAGAGGUACAGAUCAGUCUACAUGAACCAAACAGGGGAAGGUGCUUGUAUGUUGCUGUAACUUAUGACUUGUUUGUGAUAUUGGUGGAGAAGAUAUGGUUUUUCUUAUUUUGAUGCGGGGAAUAUACUUGCCUGGAAAUCUGCUUGCUUAA